AUGCAAGUUUGUCGACAUGGUGUUCGGAGCUCCCGUUCUCUAAGACCUUCGUCUCAUGUCCUUUUACAACGUCGUCGGUUUCAUCUGCAGGCCGACUUGCUCGACGACCUGCAGUCCAGGGGGCUCAUUUCUGACAUUACCAGGCCCGAUAUGCUCCGAGAGGAACUUCGAAGUGGAAACCAAGUCGUGUAUGCGGGUAUAGACCCCACUGCACCGUCGCUACACGUCGGCCACCUCCUACCUCUAUUGUCCUUAUUUCAUUUCCAAAUCAGAGGGCACCAAAUUAUUCCAUUGAUAGGUGGAGCUACAGGUCUUAUAGGAGAUCCUUCCGGUCGUUCGACAGAGAGACCAUUAUCCGCGCAAGCGGACGUCGAGCGUAAUGUCCUAGCGCUUAUCCAAGGGGUGCGAAAUUUCUUUUCCGGAGCAGUGAAGUAUGCACAGAACAGGCUUGAAGCAUCCACCACGCCUAUCCUUUCUCCAGACAUUAGAAACAAUAUACACUGGACUAAAGACUUGGGCUUGCUCGAGUUCUUACGGACGGUAGGAGUGCAUAGCAGAGUCAACAUCAUGAUGGCAAGAGACAGUGUACGCAAUCGUCUUACCUCUCAGCAAGGCAUCUCGUUCACAGAGUUCACAUACCAAUUGCUGCAAUCGUACGACUUCUUAAUGCUGUAUAAGAACGCCGGCUGCACCAUCCAGAUCGGUGGCUCAGAUCAAUGGGGCAACAUUAUCGCAGGGAUUGACCUUAUCAAUCGCGUGAAUGCGACUGACGGUGCGGAAAAUCGGACCGAGAAAGGAUUCGGUAUUGUUACGCCGUUACUGACAACAGCUUCUGGAGAGAAGUUUGGGAAGAGCGCCGGUAAUGCAAUCUCCCUGGACGAGCAAGCUACAAAUGUCUUCGAUUUCUACCAGUUCUUCUUGAGAUCAACAGACGCAGACGUUGGGCGCUAUCUCAAGAUUUUUACGUUGUUACCCUUGGCAAAGAUUGAAAGUGUUCUAGAGGAUCACGCAUCUAACCCCGAGACGCGCUUAGCGCAGCGCCUUCUGGCUCAAGAGGUCACGGAGUUGGUACAUGGCGAAACCGGCGUUCGACGAGCACAGGCUGCAACGGCAGUACUGUAUGACCAGGACUUCUCCACCUUGAAUAUCGAUACCAUAAUCGAGUCGCUGCAUGGAAUGCCCUUCUUCAAUGAGUACGAGGAAUCGGAGAUGAUGAAUGUCCCAAUAGCGAAACUGGCGGCUCGGUGUCAGAUUGCCUCCUCAAAUGGUGCUGCACGUCAACUGGUUGCGGCUAAGGGAUUAUAUCUCAACAACCACCCCGUCAGUGACCCUCAACAAGCAUUGCGUCCCAGCGACCUCAUUGGUGGCCGUCUUGCAAUAAUACGCGCAGGUAAACAGAAGCAAGCGGUUGUCGCUCUCAGCCACCCUCUACCUUAG